AUGGAUUCCACUCAAGAGACGCUGGAAGCUGUCCAGAAGGUCUUACAGCCAUACGUCCGGCCUCGCGAUGAAGUCGCCCAUAUCAGACGGAUGUUGACACUUCACCUCAGUCCGGCCUUGAAAGACGGAGCAUCGCUAACAGAGCCCUUGUCUCUCGUCGAUUCAAGUGAACCACCCUCGUAUCCACAAGAGAUUAGAGGUCCAUAUAGGGAAUAUCUCGAAGCAUUGUGCGCGAACAUCAAAGUCCGUAAAGAAUACCAGGCACUCUCACAAAAACACAGUCAUCCUGAGGUUCCCACCCUUGAAAGCACAGAAACUCAACCUAGUUAUCUCCUCAACCACCUUACCAGCCUCAAAAUCCAAAAGAAGCAACAAAAACUUCUGGUAGUUGAGAAGAACCUUGACUGCUUGAGACAGAAGCCGGCAGCAUCACCGGACUUCCUAGACCACCAAAGACUCUUCAGAGAUUGCAGACCUCUUACCGAGGUUCCAGCUGAGGUCGUCAACUCGCUAGCACUGGAACAAACAUCUGAGGACAUCACUACGUCAAACAGUGUCCAGCUCAAGGGCCUCAUAGACACUCUGGAGCAUCGAACUUUCCGAACAAAACUAUCACUCAAGCAGGAAGAAGAUCUGCUCGAGAAGGCAAAACUCCAAGCAUUGAAUGCUAGUCGUUCCGAGCUGAUCAACUGGAUCGAGACCGAACUAGGGAAAGCAUCAGCAGGAGAUGACCGAGAUGGAGGAGGAUCUCCUGCCGGAAAAGAUGUCCUUCAAGCCAAACGGGACCGAGAUCUCGCAGAGAGAACCAACCUUCUCAGCCAGCAACUCGCCAGCAUCAAAGACAAAUACACCAAGUACCUCGCCGAACGCAAAGCCCUCCUAGAGCUCAUCACCACUCAACUCCACUCCCUGCCGCCAUCCUUCAACUUCCCAGCGAUUACUACUUCCUCCUUCCCUCCUAGGACGAUAUCCCCUGAACGAUCCUCCUCAACACCAGCAGCAGGAACAGCAACAGACACGCCGCCAACUCCAGUCCCUAUAAUCGACCACCUCCUCACUCCAACCCUCACCUCCCUCCUACGCCUCUCGCACGAACACAAAGGUCUCCUGGCCCACAAAUCCCACAUCGCCACCUUACUCUCCAAACAACUGAAGGAAAACGCCCAAGUGCUGGAUCACUUGGCGGAAGAAAGCCAGUUGCUGCCUGCUCAGGCCAUGGCAGCAGCUGCACAGAAGAAAGAUCACAAUGCUUCCAGCAUGAUGGCGGAUUUGGUUAGGCCAUGGGUAUCAGCCGCCGACGCAGCCAAGUUCUCAACGUUCGAAGUGGUGGCGGAGAAAAUCGAGGAAGGGCAGAUGGCGCUGGAGGGCUCGAUUCGCAUGCUGGGGGAGGCUGAUCGGUUAUUGGGUCAUGAGCCUAAGGGGCAACAGCAACAGCAGCAUGAGUUGGUUGAAGCAGGUGCUAGUGGAGGGGAGGAAGAGGAUGAUGAGGUGGGCGACGAAUCGGAUAUAUGGCUGGUCGAGGGACAGAAGUCUUUGGAAAGGAUAAAAACAAGUGGAGUUGAGAAGAGACAUGAUGAGGGCGGUAGGAGAGGAGAGAGGAGCACUGGCCAGCUCAAAGGGGGUAGUAAGAGUAUAUGGGAUAUGUUGGACGUGGAUAUUGGCUUGGAGAAGGGUGGGUAG